AUGCCUAGUCUAGUGGUAUCUGGAAUAAUGGAAAGAAAUGGGGGCUUUGGAGAACUAGGAUGUUUCGGGGGAAGCGCAAAGGACCGAGGGCUGCUGGAAGACGAGCGCGCCCUUCAGCUGGCUCUCGAUCAACUCUGCCUCCUGGGUUUGGGGGAGCCCCCCGCCCCCACGGCGGGCGAAGACGGGGGAGGUGGGGGGGGCGGCGCCCCCGCGCAGCCGGCCGCNCCCCCGCAGCCGGCCCCUCCGCCGCCGCCCGCGGCGCCCCCGGCCGCCCCGACGGCGGCCCCCGCGGCGCAGACGCCCCAGCCCCCCACCGCCCCCAAAGGGGCGAGCGACGCCAAGCUCUGCGCUCUCUACAAAGAGGCCGAGCUGCGCCUGAAGGGCAGCAGCAACACCACGGAGUGUGUACCCGUGCCCACCUCCGAGCACGUGGCCGAGAUCGUGGGCAGGCAAGGAUGCAAAAUUAAGGCUCUGAGGGCCAAGACCAACACCUACAUCAAGACGCCUGUGCGGGGCGAGGAGCCGGUAUUCAUGGUGACAGGGCGGCGGGAGGACGUGGCCACAGCCCGGCGGGAAAUCAUUUCAGCAGCCGAGCACUUCUCCAUGAUCCGCGCCUCCCGCAACAAGUCAGGCGCUGCCUUUGGUGUGGCCCCUGCUCUGCCAGGUCAGGUGACCAUCCGUGUGCGGGUGCCCUACCGGGUGGUGGGGCUGGUGGUGGGCCCAAAAGGGGCAACCAUCAAGCGCAUCCAGCAGCAGACCAACACGUACAUUAUCACACCAAGUCGUGACCGCGACCCAGUUUUCGAGAUCACGGGUGCCCCGGGCAACGUGGAACGCGCGCGCGAGGAGAUCGAGACACACAUCGCCGUGCGCACAGGCAAGAUCCUCGAAUACAAUAAUGAAAACGACUUCCUGGCGGGGAGCCCCGACGCCGCUGCACUUGAUAGCCGCUAUUCGGAUGCCUGGCGGGUGCACCCGCCCGGCUGCAAGCCCCUCUCUACCUUCCGGCAAAACAGCCUGGGCUGCAUCGGCGAGUGCGGAGUGGACUCUGGCUUUGAGGCCCCGCGCCUGGGCGAGCAGGGAGGGGACUUCGGCUAUGGCGGUUACCUGUUUCCAGGCUAUGGCGUGGGCAAGCAGGACGUGUACUACGGAGUGGCUGAGACUAGCCCCCCCCUGUGGGCGGGCCAGGAGAACGCCACGCCCACCUCGGUGCUCUUCUCCUCCGCCUCCUCCUCCUCCUCUUCCGCCAAGGCUCGGGCUGGGCCUCCCGGCGCGCACCGCUCUCCUGCCACCUCUGCUGGGCCUGAGCUGGCUGGACUUCCCAGACGACCGCCGGGAGAGCCGCUCCAGGGCUUCUCUAAACUUGGCGGGGGCGGUCUGCGGAGCCCCGGCGGCGGGAGGGAUUGCAUGGUGUGCUUUGAGAGCGAAGUGACUGCUGCUCUUGUGCCCUGCGGACACAACCUGUUCUGCAUGGAGUGUGCAGUACGCAUCUGCGAGAGGACGGACCCGGAGUGUCCCGUCUGCCACAUUACAGCAACGCAAGCCAUCCGAAUAUUCUCCUAAGCCGCAUGCCCAUGCCUCCUGGGCCCACUCCUCAGGGGCCUGCCCUGGACCUGUUUGCCACUAGGGCCGUUUGGAAAUCAGUGAUUUGAUGGGCAAGGUGCUUGGAGAUACUCGCUCACGGGUGGGGGGGGGCGGUGGUGGCUGGUGGGUGGGCCACUUUCAGAGCCUCUGGUCACCCUGUCCUGGAAAGAUUAGGAGGAGGCCAGACCGAAAAUUUUACUAGAGUUACAACUCUGAUACCUCAUCACACCCUUAAAUCCAGAAGCAGCUAAGAGAAACUUUUGUUUUGCUAAAGGUGGCCACUAAGCCAUCCUGAUCCCCUCUGCCCACCUCCCCACUGUGUGUCACUUCCUCUGUAGGGGGGGUGGACAAAAGGGAGAGGGAGAAAUACCACCUGUAUCUAGAGGUGCUCUUUCCAACCCCCCAGCCCUCUGGUCCUGACCUCCGACCUCCUAACAUAACCCUUUAGCACCCCACUCCCAUAUCCUGUUUGGGGAGUUGGGCCCUGUCUGCAUAGAUCUUCUGGGGGGUGGGAGGGGGAGGAGUAUGUCAAUCCAUAAAGGGCUCAGAAUUAAUCUGUUCUCACAAAGCUGGGCUAGGAGAAUCUGGAGAGGGGUGCUC